AUGACACCGGAGUACAAGGCUGAGAAGGAGGCUUCGGUCUCCUUCCUUGGCGGCGGAGGGAUAUGGGAGAUCAACGGCAUUACCUUGGCUGCACCAGUUGCUGCGCUUCUAUGGGCGCUACUACAAACCCGACAAGGCUUUUUCAAGCCUUAUACGUUACCGGCUGGUGUAACCGACUUCUUAAUUCACUGCGGAGGCAUUCUGUUUGCAACCACGAUCUACUCUGGCGGCCCUCAGAUCCUGCUUGCACUGCUACUGUUACCAGCUGUAGCAGUGUUAUCACAGCCGCCUAGCACAGCAGUUACUACAAGCAAGCCAGCUGCCAAGCCCGAGCAAGAUGGCAAGCCUAAAGCAGCGGAUGAGCCUGUCAGUAACGCCGGGCUUGAUCCACUACCGGUCAAGCCAUUCAUCACGACUUACCGCGGUGCCAUGAUGAUUAUCACAUGCACCAGCAUCCUCGCCGUCGACUUCAAGGUCUUCCCACGACGUUUUGCGAAGACGGAAAGCUUCGGAACAUCGCUGAUGGACCUUGGUGUCGGAUCGUUCGUGUUCGCAGCUGGUAUCGUCGCAGCUCGCCAACAGCUCAAAGAGCAACAGUCCGGGUCGCCAUCGUUGCUCAAUCGAUUCAAGACUGCAAUGCGACACUCGGCACCUCUGCUUGCACUCGGCUUGCUCCGCUUAUGGACUGUAAAAGGCCUGGACUACGCGGAGCACGUCAGCGAGUAUGGCGUACACUGGAACUUCUUCUUCACUCUGGCGCUUCUUCCGCCCGUGAUAGCUGUCCUGCAACCCGUCCUGAGGCUCAUCCCUUCAUACGGCGCGCUCGCUUUCGUAAUUGGUGGCAUUUACGAAUGCGUGCUCUAUUUCGUGCCGGACAUGAAAGUCUUCCUCAUUCUAUCGGAACGCAAGCCGGGCGACUGGCUAUCUCAGAACCGCGAAGGAGUCUUCUCAUGUAUCGGCUAUCUUGCGAUCUUCAUCGCGGGAAUGGGCAUCGGCAUGAGCAUUCUGCCUCGAGAUCCUGGCCCGGAGUUGCCUGAGGGCAAAGCAGCAGAGAAAGACGUCCUGGACGAGGAUUCCGAAUGGCUGGCCUCCGUCCUAGGCCAAGAGAACCAGCCCGCCAAAGCAUCCGCGCCGGAACCGGACUUCAUGCCUGGCAUUCCCAAGAUGGCCAUCGCCUUCCUCGCAAAGUGGACGGGUAUCUGGUUCAUUCUGGCCGUAUGGGCCAUGUGGCGAUACGGUCCGCAUUUGUUCGUCUCACGCAGAAUGGCAAAUCUGGCCUACAUCAUCUGGGUUUGCGCGUUCAAUACCGCACAGCUCCUGCUGUUUUGUGCCAUUGAAACGGUCAUGUUCCCGGCAUUGUACAAGGCUAAAGAUAAGGCAACGGAACGGCAGCGGGCGCAGGAUGCGACGAGUAAGGUCAUGCAGGCAUUUAACCGAAACGGACUGGCACUGUUCUUGCUCGCUAACCUACUGACGGGCGCCAUCAACAUCGCCGUGCCGACUUGGCAUAUGGAUGAUGUGCCGGCGAUGGCGAUACUGUUGGCUUACAUUGCCGUGAUCUGCGGCGUUGGACUUGCGCUAGACUCGUAUGAUGUAUCGAUAAAGCUGUAG